AUGGCAACUAUAUUUGGUAUGCGUUUGAGAACUAAGCUUAAAGAAUGCUUGCCUCUCCACUAUAAGGUUGAUAUCAGAGUGUCUCCCGGUUCUCAUGCCGAUGAACAUUCAGUACAGAUCAGAGCAGAGGGUCUAAGGCUGAACAGACGUGUGGGGAUCGAAUACUUAGCAGUGUGGCUAACACGAUCAGGAUCUGUCCCACGCUAUAACCUGAUGGAAGAUGCGGCUCCAGCUGAGAUAAGUCGUGUCCAGAACUGGCAAUGGAUUAGGUAUGAAGUGGAGUUGGACGGAGAUGGGCUUGGAGUCAGGGUGAACAAAGAGUUGUUUGAGAGAGUUGUGGAAGAAGAGAUGGAAAGAAUCGAGAAAGAAGUUGGUAAAGAUAAGUUUAAGAAAGGAAUGUAUAAGGACAACUGCAAGAAGUUUACAAAGCAAUGUACUGCAAGUGAGCUUGAUGAUUUUCUUACACUUGCUGUUUAUGAUCAUAUUGUAGCUCACUACCCAAACAAUGUGUCAAGGCCCUGA